AUGUCCUCCAACAAGUCUGGCUCGCCUGUGCGGCUGCCCAAACCUCCCAAGCUGGUUAAGCUCGAGGUUCCAAUGACUCCGAAGACGACCUCAUCGAAAAAUCGCAUGCUGAUGCUCUUGGUCACUCCAGAGCAGCCUCUGGACUCUCUACCGUUUAGUCCUGGGUUAAAACGCACCAAUCUGGGCACCUUGAAGUCUCCAGACUACAAACUUAAUACACAAGGCGGCCAGUCGCCGUAUAUGACAUCCUCGGUGCUUAAAACACCGAGGAAUUCUGGCUACGAGUCCGAUGAGAGAGAGACUCCCCAUCGGAAGCUUUUGAGAACGCCGCAGUUCUUCAGUCCCGGCAGAAGACUUUUCGCAGAGGAUCAGAGCCCCAAUAAGCAAGAACUACUGGAGAUAAGCACCCAGUUGAAGAGCAAACUCAGCCUGGCACUCGACAAAGUCAAGGGAACUGAGAAAAACGGCGUUGCUCCGGUCAAACUCGACUUCAGCGAUCUAUCCUUCACAACAACUCGUGAACUGUCGCCGAAAAAGCCGUUUCUGCAGCCAUCGAGCACGCUGCCUCCUUCCAGCUCGCUCAUGAGGACAAACAUGAAUUUACAGACACUUCAGCAGCUGCCAAAUGUCCCCAGAAGGCAUCUGCGGUCGCAGCAGAUUUUGGAUACAAACUUACGACAACCAUCUGCUUAUGGUAAUGAUCGAAUUUCAAUCCCCUCACCUGAUGAAGAAUCAAGUGCGCAGAAUGCUUUAUUGGCCGCGUUCUCCAGGCUGCAAUCGAGAAACAGACGAUACUCAGGCACUGAGAGACGACAAUCAGUCGUUCUGCAACUCAGAGACUCACCACAUGUCAAGCUUCCCCCUUUGAAUGUCGCCCUUGGCAAUAAUCAGGGCGACAACGUUGAACAGGAAGCAAUUUACUCUUUAAUGUCACUAUCGUCACCACAGUCAGUCAAGAAGUCACAUGGAACACCAAGUGCUCUGCACAGCCGGCUGCACAGUCGACUGCAGAGCCAGAAUGACUUUUCACCAGUUUCUUCACGAUCUUCCUCUGUCGCCGUACAACUACCUCCGAUCUCGGGGCUUGUUGGCAAAGUGGAUAAUGACGAGACGGAUGUGGAAGAUGACGCUACAGACGAAGAUUUGUCCUCGUAA